CGUCAGAAGAUACCAACAGCAUACAUGUAGCAAAGAAGCGGAAAAAGAACGCUGAGAGGGUCAGAGUGACCAGGGCGUGCGAUGGAUGCAAGAAACGGAAGAUCAAAUGCAAUGGCAUGCAGCCGUGCAAGUUCUGUACCCGGACAAGGGUUUCGUGCACUUUUGACUCGGCUUAUGCCAGAGGUCGUUUGCCGGUAAUACCUUCAGCGGAUGAGGUAGGGAAUGAGAGCAUAACUGUGUCGGCUCAAGGUACGAUGCCUCGGAGCGAGGAUACCAGCCCUACCGAUUUGGCGCAACAGUACAUGGCAAAUGCUACAAGCCAGAGUGUAGAGUUGCAGGACUAUGGCAUGUCAUCUCAUCUCAUGGGACAGAGCGGCACGGGCUCGGGCUCACGGGCUGUAACGUCGGUGCAGCAGUCCCCUGAGCCGUCUCAGGAGGAUCUUCAAGGUCACUACAUCGGCCCGGCCUCUGGCGUGUCAUUCCUUCUCAGGGUUCAGAAGCGGAUGCACCAAGCAAUAUCGUUCUCUGGGCCAGGAAGUAUCUUUACAUUUGGCGAUGCCCCUCUUCAAAACCCUGACUAUGAUCCAAACUUUUGUAUGAUGCUUCCCAAAGAGGAUGCUCAGCGCUUGGUGGAUCGCUACUUCGACUUUGCUAUGCCAACAUACCGGUUUCUUCACCGACCCACCAUUCAAGAAUGGUUCUCAGAGUUUUAUGAGACGUUAGGGACUAUGCGUGACCCAAAUAAUUCCGCCGCAAAAGUGGCUUUGCUCUUCAUGAUCUUGGCCCAUGCUAGAGUAUACAUGCCUGAGAACGACAGACCAGGACCAUCAGACCUCAGCUCACGGUAUUACUUGGCAGCUGAGCAUCAACUCUCGAAAGAGAGUGGUUCAAUACGGCUCACUAGCGUUCAGGCUCGUCUUCUGCAGUGUUACUACCUUGGAACCCAGUCCCGAGUCAACCACUGCUGGAGUCAGUUUGGCAUUGUUACAAACCUAGCGCUUGCUAUCGGGCUCAAUCGAAAUAAACGACCUGGUGUCAUAAGCGGGUUGAACCACAUUGAAGUCGAAAGCCGCCGGAGAACCUUCUGGUGCGCCUACACUCUUGAUGCAUAUCUCAGUGUAUCUCUAGGUAGACCACGCAACUUUCACGAUGACGAUAUCGACACAGAGCUUCCAGCUUGUGUUGACGAUAGUGACAUAACUAAGGACCACAUAAACCUUGCUGGGUCAACGAAAGGCUACUCGGUUAUGCUUGCUCCACUUGGACAUAUGAAGCUUGCUCGUAUCAUAGGCCAAAUCCUGCGUGGUCUUUAUUCAGUUAAGCCAAUCUCGAUUUCCAAACGCUUAGAGGAAACACAACUCGUCUCAAAAGCCCUCGCAGACUGGCGAGCUGAGUUCUCCCAGUUUCUCGAUGCCGAUUACUUCAGUACAUCGUUUCUCGUUCCGAUCGUUCAACGGCAACGAAAUGUCCUGAAUCUAACUUACUGGCAUGCUAUAAUACUCACGCAUCGACAAGCUGUCCUCAACAACUUUGCAAGGAUAUCACGUCAGAAUAGAAGGGGCAGUGAGAACGAUGCUGCAACUCAAGAGAGUGUGCAAAGAUGCCUCGAAGCUGCCAUCCAAACAGUCGGUCUGAUCGAUGAGAUGACCGACAACGGACAAAUGUUCCGAGCAUUCUGGGUCACUGCAUAUUUUGCCUUCACUGCAGCCAUGGUUCUAUAUAUCUAUGUGAUACAGAAAUGGGCGUCACCUCCUGAGACUUAUAGCAAAUACUUUACAGCUGCAGCUCGAUGCCAAUCACACAUGUCAACCAUGGUUGAGAAGGGCUCCUUGUCAGAAAGAUACUGUUUCUUGCUGGAGGAAUUACGGGUUGAGGCCUUACGCCAAGUGAAUCGGAUGCAUCCAAACGUAUUCCUGGAUGGACAUGCACAAGACAACGCUCUCCAGUCCAAUGUCAUACCGAUGGAUACGCCGAGCGACAAGACUUCUUAUACGGACUUAAUGGGCGAGAACGGCGGAUUGGACUUUAAUGGCAUGUCUGGAGUCGAUUUCUCGGGCUGGGGUCAAUUUGCAAAUAUGGUCUCGUCAGGCCUGGGGAACUUGGAUGCCUUCCUCGAUGAUGAAGUCUUUCGGCUUUAGGUAACUUCGGGGGUAUUUAGUAGUUUGGUAAAAAGCUUAGGUAACUUGGUAUAAGUUUAGGUAAAUCUAGGAUACCCUUUCCUAA